UUUUCUUCUCUCUCUCCAGCUCUGAGUCUGGGGGUCCUGCCGUGGCUGGGGAAGGAUCCCUCAUUCCUUCUCUACUCCUGGAUUUCGAGAGCAUGAGGAGAGGGUUUGGAGCCCAGGCUGGGGGAGGGUAGAGGGGGAGCUAAAGGGGGGGUCCUCCUUUUAAAGGGCCCCCACUCUGCUUCCGGUUAAGGCCUGAAUCCCGUUGCCAUGGGGACAGGAGGAGGUGGAGGAAGGGAGGGAAGGAUGCUGCUACAGGGGAAGAUGGAGAUGGGGGAGGGGGGGCUGUGCCCCCUUCUUCCCCCUCCAGUGACCUUGGCCACCUCCUCAUGGGGAGCCCCAGGAAGCCGGCCACCCCACUUGCUUUAGGCAGCUGCAGCUGUAGCCCCCUUUCCUGUCUCUGUUUCUCCCCCUCCCUGUCCCUGUCUCUCAUGUCUCUCACUUCCUGUCUCCUCCUUUCUCCCUUCCUCAAUCUCUCCCCAUCUGCCUGUUCCCUUCCUAUCUCUGUCUCUCUACCAUCUCUGCUCUGGCUUUCUCUCACCUCUUCAUCUCUUCCUUCCCUCCCUCCCUCCCCCCUUUCUGUCUUUCUCUCCUCUUUUUUUCUUUUUCUCACACAUACACUCAUUUCUCCUGGUUCCAGUUUCUCUGACUCUCUUCAUCUCUCCCAUCUCUUUACCUCUCUGUUUCAUUCAUCCAGCCCCCCAACCCAACCAAUCUCCCUAACUCUGGUCUCCCUCCCUUCUUGCCAUUGUCCACCUCUCCCUUUCUCUGGGUCUCCCUCAGUGCCUCUGCCUUCCCUGGAGCCAGACCGUACCCCCUUCCCCCAAACCCAAAUCCUCCCCCUCCCCCAUCUCUGCCUCCCUCCCCCUCCCUCCUUUGCUCCCUCCCUCCCUCCCUCCUUCCCUCCCCUUCUCCAGCUCUUCCCAUCACCCAGUGGCAGCAGAACAGAAUUCUCUCCUCCCCCGGUUCUCGGGCCGGAUCAGCCAGGCCCCCUCAUCCCCUGGCCCCUGAUCUCAGACGCCCUGGUCCCUGGGGUACCCUUCUCACCAGCUCCCAAUCCCAGACACCUGGAUCCCCAAGCUGCCCAACUCCCCCCUCCUCCGGCACUCAAUCUCAGCGGCCGGGGUUCCCUGGUUCCCCCUUCCCCCAUUCCGGAGGCUCAGCUCUCCAGACUCCUGGUUCCCUAGUCCUCCACUCUCGGAAACCCCAAGCCCCAGACACCUGGUUCUCCUGCCCCCCUGGUUCACUGACCCCCCAAUUCCCGAGGCUCAGCUCCUCGGACAACUGGCUUUCCCAGCCCCCAAUUCCGGGCACCUGGGUCCCCUCUCCACCUGCCUCUCUAUCCUCCAUCCCAGAAGCUCAGCUUCUCAGACUACUGGGUCCUCCAACACUCUGCUCUCAGGCUCCCCAUCCCAGCGAUUCAGCCCCCGACACCUGGGUUCUCCAGCCCUCAGACCCUGCGACUCAUCUCCCCGGACGCCUGGGUCCUCUAGACCGAGGGCUUCUUCUCCAUACCCAUCUGCCAAUCUCAGCGGAGGCCCAACUACAAGGAGCACCAGCCGCUGACCAUGGCAGCCCGCUGACCCCCGCUGGCCACCCGCCUCCGCCUCCUCGCGCUCGGCACCGGCCCCCCCACCCGGGGUGUCCCCAUCUCCUGAGCCUGCCCGCCCCCCGCCGCAGGCACGGCCCCUCCCCCGCUGCCCCGGUGGUGGCCGGCGGCCCCCCGGCUGCCAGCCUUCAGGCUGGAGUCCCUGAAGCGCUGGACAGAGGCUCGGGGCCUGUGGUGUGAGAAGGGCGUCCAGGUGCUGCUGACCACGGUGGGUGCCUUCGCCGCCUUCGGCCUCAUGACCAUCGCCAUCAGCACGGACUACUGGCUCUACACCAGGGCCUUCAUCUGCAACACCACCAACCUGUCUGCCUCCGCCGCCGACGAUCCCCCCGCCAGAGGGCCUGGGGGGGCGGCUGAGAAGCGGGACCCCGGGGGGCUCACCCACUCGGGCCUCUGGAGGAUCUGCUGCCUCGAAGGGCUGAAGCGGGGUGUCUGUGUGAAGAUUAAUCACUUCCCGGAAGAUACAGAUUACGACCAUGACAGUGCAGAGUAUCUACUCCGUGUGGUCCGAGCAUCCAGCAUCUUCCCCAUUCUCAGCGCCAUCCUUCUGCUGCUCGGGGGUGUGUGUGUGGCUGCCUCUCGAGUCUACAAGUCCAAACGGAACAUCAUCCUGGGGGCUGGCAUCCUGUUUGUAGCCGCUGGCCUCAGCAACAUCAUCGGCGUGAUAGUGUACAUCUCAGCGAACGCGGGCGAGCCUGGCCCGAAGCGCGACGACGAGAAGAAGAGCCACUACUCGUACGGCUGGUCCUUCUACUUCGGGGGUCUCUCCUUCAUCCUGGCCGAGAUGAUCGGUGUGCUCGCCGUCAACAUCUACAUUGAGCGCAACCGCGAAGCGCACUGCCAGUCUCGCGCCGACCUGCUCAAGCCCGGCGGCCGGGCAGGAAGCGGCAGCGGCGGGGGUGGUGGCGGCGGCGGCGGCGGGGGGCCCCAGUCGGCCAUCCUCCGGUUGCCCAGCUACCGCUUCCGCUACCGCCGCCGCUCGCGCUCCAGCUCCCGCUCGAGCGAGCCCUCGCCCUCCCGGGACACGUCGCCGCAGGGCUUCCCCUCUACGGACAUCUCCAUGUACACGCUCAGCCGAGAUCCGUCCAAAGGCAGCGUGGGCGCCGGUCUCGGAGGGCCGCCCGGAGGAGGCGGCAGUGGCGGUGGCGGUGGCAGUGGCGGCGGCGGCGGCGGCGGCGGCAGCGGCGGGGCUGGGGGCGGGGUGGGGGGACCCUACGGCACGGCUGAGCGCGAGCGCUCCGGCUCAGGCUUCCUGACGCUGCAUAAUGCCUUCCCCAAGGAGACCGGAGGGGUGACGGUGACCGUGACCGGGCCAGGCUCCGCCCCCGGGGCCACCGGGACCCUGAGCAAAGAAGCGGCGGCCAGCGGGGCUUCCAACACCAACACCCUGAACAGGAAAACCACGCCGGUGUAGGGGCCGGGCCGACCGGGGGCGGGCGGGGGGGGUGGGGGUGGGGGCCCGCUGGCGGGCGAGCGAAAGAGGAGAGCGCCUGGCGGGGCGGCGGCGGGAGGGGAGCUGCCGGCCGACGCUCGGCCCCCUUCUGCUCCUUGGCCCAGCCUGGACCAACUCACCGCGGCAGGGACACAAUGGGAUCCCGUCUGGGAACUCGGGGGUGGGGGGGCGGGGAGGGGGGCGGGGCUGUGGUGUUUUUUGCAGUUUUCAAAUCUGUACUUUCUUUUUUUUUUUGCUGUUUGCAUGGGGGGGAUGGGGAUGGGGGGUCUUACCUGGCCCAACCCAGGGACUACCGGGCCCCCCAACACAUGGAAACAGAAGGCCAAAGGGAGGCAGCGGGAGGGAACAGAACCGAGAGAGGAUUGGCAGAGCCCCAGAGACAAGGAGAGAGAGAGAUACCGGGAAAUACAGAGACACGGAGAAACUGAGAAGAGACAGAGACGUCUUGUACAUCCGGGGACUCAGCGAAAAGAAUCCGGGGGUGCUGACUGGCCAGCGCACUUAGCCCACGCCUGGCACCUAGUAGGCACUUCAUACAUCUUGACUGACCCACAGGAGAGGAAGCUAAGGAUCCACGGGGGACAACCAGGGGUGCAGAGAGCCAGAGGGAACCCAAUACCAGCUGGAAGACCCUGAGUCUGUCUAGAAGCAGGGAGAGGGAGACAAGAGAGAGAGGCAGGGAGAGAGAGGGAGAGGGGAAGAGACAGAGACAGAAACAGAGAGAGACAGGAGAGGGAAAGAGAGACAAACAGAGACAGGGAGAGGGAAAGAGAGACAGAGAGAGGGAAAGAGAGAAAAAGAGACAAAAACAGAGACAGAGAGAGGGAAAGAGAGACAGAGAGAGGGAAAGAGAUAGAGAGACACAGAGAGGGAGAGACAAAGACAGAGAGAGGGAAAGAGAGACAGAGAGGGAAAGAGAGACAAACAGACAGAGAGAGGGAAAGAGAGACAAAGAGACAGAAACAGAGACAGAGAGAGGGAAAGAGAGACAAAGAGAGACAGAGAGAGGGAAAGACAGAGAGAGGGAAAGAGAGACAAACAGACAGAGAGACAGAGAGAGGGAAAGAGAGACAGAGAGAGGGAAAGAGAUAGAGAGACACAGAGAGGGAAAGAGAGACACAGAGAGGGAGAGACAAAGACAGAAAGAGGGAAAGAGAGACAAAGAGACAGAAACAGAGACAGAGAGAGGGAGAGAGAGGGAAAGAGAGACAGAGAGGGAAAGAGAGACAGAGAGAGGGAAAGAGAGACAAACAGACAGAGAGACAGAGAGAGGGAAAGAGAGACAGAGAGAGGGAAAGAGAGACAGAGAGGUAAAGAGAGACAAACAGACAGAGAGAGGGAAAGAGAGACAAAGAGACAGAAACAGAGAGAGACAGAGAGAGGGAAAGAGACAGAGAGGGAAAGAGAGAGAGACAAAAAGAAACAGAGAGAGGGAAAGAGAGACAAACAGACAGAGAGACAGAGAGGGAGAGACAAAGAGACAGAAACAGAGAGAGACAGAGAGAGGGAAAGAGACAAACAGACAAACAGAGAGACAGAGAGAAGGAAAGAGAGACAGAGAGGGAAAGAGAGGGAAAGAGAGACAAAGAGACAAAAACAGAAACAGAGAGAGGGAAAGAGAGACAAACAGACAGAGAGAGGGAAAGAGAGACAGACAGAGACAGAGAGGGAAAGAGAGACAAAGAUAGAAACAGAGGGAAAGAGACAAACAGACAGAGAGGGAGACAGAGACAGAGGGGAGAGAGAGGGAAAGAGAGACAGAGACAGAGAGAGGGAAAGAGAGACAAACAGACAGAGACAGAGGGAAAGAGAGAGAGAAAAAGGCAGAGACAGAGGGGAGAGAGAGGGAAAGAGACAGAGACAGAGACAGAGGGAAAGAGAGACAAACAGACAGAGAGAGGGAGAGACAAACAGACAGAAA